GUUCGAAACGUUGCCCCGGCGCUUCGAGCUUGGACAUAGCCACGGGGUUGGCCCGAGCGUCCUGAGGUUAGGCCUCACGAUUUUCUCUCGUUGUGCGUUUGGUUUGUGCAUGCGUCGGUGUUCAGUCAGGGGGGGGGGGGGGGGCAAGCGCCAGCCGCGGAGUGGAACCCGAGCUCUGCGCCAGCCCAGUCGCAGCCUGUCAGGUGGCAGGGCGCGAUGGCUUAGCCGAUCGUCUUCACCUCGUACGCCGAAUGCCUCAACGGGCUCACGGAGUCGCAGUGAUCGUGAUCGUAAGGAGCGGCCGCCGUCGCAACCGCCAGGACGGAUGCAUGGGAUGACUUCAGACAUCCGCUCUAGUGAUUCCAGGAUCGAGCUGCUGGAGAAUACGAUGACGAUGCAGCGAUGCAGAUAUGCAACCUUAGGGACACUGUAGAGUCUCACGGCGCGUACAUCACCCAGACUGGAACCCGCAACCAUGAGCUGGAGACGCUGCAGAACGGUUCGACGAUGUCUGUUACUGUCGAGCAGGCCAUCGGCGGGAUGGUGCAGGUCAAGACGGAGCAGGUCCAAACGGAAAUUGACAAGUUGCAGGAAGUGGCUUGGCCUGGCACAGUGAAGAAUCGGGUUGAUGGCAUUGAGCAGAAGCUACAGCAAAUGACUGCUUUACCACCUCGAGCUGGCGGUGGAGCUUCUCUGCCCGCGGCGCCAUCUACGCGUGAGCAGGUGAGUACUUCUCGAUCGAUCCUGGUGGACCGCUGAUGGCCCGCACACUACGCAGAGCUGCUGAGCUAGUACGUGAAACAUGCCUGCCGCCGGGGGACGUUGGGGAGGUGGUGUUCAAAGCCUUUGACAUGUCGCCGAAGGCGGUCUUCGAGUGUGCGUCAACAACGGUAUGUACUGACUGUCUGACCAAGUUUCGGAGCCUUGAGGAGUUCAGGUUCGCCAGUCCAGUUGGCAACAAAACGUGUGCUACGCGCUACGGGUGAACAGGGACAUCAGCCAACAGGGAAGGAAACUGUUCUACGUGACGGGGAGGGUUAGGACGAUCAUCGCUGACGUGCUAGCUGGUCGCUAUGAGUGUGGCUCGAAUGGAUUCGGAGGUAACAUGUUUGCACUUCGACGUGCCGAGAACCCCUGUCACGCCGGUGCAGCUGAAAAUGGAGGGUGAUCAGGUCGAGCACAUGCUAGUUGAGUCGGCCAUUGAGAACUUCGCAAUUCAAAGCUCAGUGUCGGCAGUUCAGGUCGCCCUUGCAGUGCCCUUUUGGAGCUGAUGUGCGCAGCGCGGAUCGAGCUGGUGAGUGCGACUCGGCAGCCGCAGUCUGUGCAGCGAAUGGGUGACUUCACGAAAAUGAAGGCGACAUGCGCAGGGUGCUUAGCCAUGUCCAUUGCCCUGCUGCCUCUUAUGUUGCUAGCGUUGCGGGCUCCUCGGCGCGAGGUGCCGAUCUUACGAUGACGACACCCUCUGCUGCUGAGUUGUUGGCCCCUGUCCCCUCUCCUGGGGACUCCAUAUUUACGCAGUGAUUUGACAUAUGUUAACACUGGACCUAGGCUGUUUUCUUUGGCGGACCCUCUUGGGGCCCUUGUGAUUUUCCUUGCGGCUCGAGGCGCGGUCUGCAUCGGUCUGCAUCGGUCUACGCGUGGAUUCCCAACGGUCUUUUUCGGC